AUGGACUACUUGAGUGACUAUGACUCCAAUGAAGACGUCUACGAAAGCAGUGAGGAUUACUCCGGCGACAAGGCCAAUACAAACUACACCAUCUUAGACGAAGCCGAGAUUCGACGUCGUCAAGGUGAUCAAAUCUCUCAUAUCUCCUCACUCUUAUCACUACCCAAUGAUCAAGCAAGCCUUUUGCUUUAUAAAUACAAUUGGAAGGUUGAUAAGUUGCAAGACGAUUGGUUUGCGGAUGAGCACGCUGUUUGUGACAAAGUCGGGCUAUUGAUCAACGAUAAAAACAUUGACAAUAAAGAAAGAGAUGAUGAUAUCUGCAAGAUUUGUUACGACGAGUUGGAAUCUGGAAACAAUCGAUCCGUGUCGUGUGGACAUAAGUUUUGUGUUGUGUGUUGGAAGAGUUACAUAAGUGUGGCUAUUGACGACACGGGUGCCGGUGUUUUGUCCCUGAAAUGUCCGGCGAUUAAGUGUCAAGCUGCUGUGACUCGAGACUUGAUUGUUGAGUUGGCGUCGAAAGAGGAGAAGGAGAAGUAUGAUGAGUAUUUUGUGAGGUCUUUUGUGGAAGGAAGGAAGAAUACUACAAAGUGGUGUCCUGCACCGGGUUGUGACAAAGCUGUAGAAUUUGUGGUUCAAGAAGGCGGAAUCCAUGGGUAUGAUGUUACUUGUUUGUGUUCGAGUGCGUUUUGUUGGAAUUGCGGGGAGGAGCCUCAUAGACCGGUGGAUUGUGAGCUUGUUGCGAAGUGGACCUUGAAGAAUUCAUCGGAGGCUGAGAACACUAAAUGGAUACUUGCGUAUGCUAAGCCUUGUCCCAAGUGCAAGCGCCCUAUUGAGAAGACUGUUGGAUGCAGUCAUAUGACUUGUUCUGCACUUUGCAGGUAA